AAGUUUUUAAUAAAAUAUGCUCUUUAACAUGCGAUUAGAACAGUCUAAAAAUAAAGAAAAAUAUGGGUCAGAACAAAAAAAAAAGAUGAUAAAAAGAACUUCAUUAAAUGGCGUAAUAACUCAUAAUCAUAGCAUAUAUAUGUCACAUAGAAGGAACGACAGAACAAAGAAAAGAAAAGUCGUAGUUCUUUAAUCAUCUUUUUCUUCUUCUUCUUUUAUAUCAGGUUGGUCCGGUGACAGACGAAGAUUCAUCUGUAAGUUCUAAUACAGAUAAUAUUCAGCAACAACAUUAUCGUCUUCAAUUACUUGCUCAAGCUAUUGAAAAGGUCGAAAAUGAGAGCUCAAAAAAGAAACUUCUUGUUUCAUCACCACCAAUUACUUCCAAAAAUGAAGAACAGGAAUUAAUAAUGAAAAUACUUUCUCAACAAAAUGUUGCAGCUGCAAUGGCUGCAGCUGCGGCGGCUCAUUUGCAAGUUCAACAACAACAUCAACAUCAUCAUCAUCAACAACAACAACGAAAGCUUGAACCUAUAUCACCACCAUCAACAUCAUCAGCAUCAUCAACACCUGAAAGUCCAAUCGAUUUUUCUUCACAUCGUUCAACUGAUGAUAAUAAUGAUUGUUCAACACCAUCAUCACCAUUACCCAAUCAACAAUUACUUUCAACAAUGUUACAAAAUCUUCAAUCAACAUUACCAUCAUCAACAUUUCCAUUUUCAUUAACAAAUAAAAAUGGUAAACCAACACGACCAUUUAAAGCAUAUCCACGUGAACCAUUAAUGUUACCACUUGGUUUCUAUUCAUCUACAACAGCGGAACAAACAAAUAUACUUGCGGAAGCAGCAAGUCGUACAACACCAAAUCGUAAACGACUUGCACAAACACAAGAACGUCUUAAACAACGUUUACAGCAACAACAACAACAACAACAGCAACAACAACAAUCUUAUUUUAUCUCAUCAUCUGGCACACAGAUAUUACAACCACCAAAAAAACGACAUCGACCCAUAGAAAGUACAUCAAUUUCUGAUGAUAAUGCAAUAAAUGAAAACAAUAAUAAUAACACUAAUAAUAAUUCAUCAUCAUCAUCAGCAGAUUCGCUAAUUAAUAAUGAGGACCCAAAUUUAAUUAAAGAUGAUGCUUAUUGGGAACGAAGAAGAAAAAAUAAUGAAGCUGCUAAACGAAGUCGUGAUGCACGACGUGCUAAAGAAGAUGAAAUUGCAAUAAGAGCAGCUAUUUUAGAACAAGAAAAUAUCAAAUUACGCCUUGAAGUAUCACAAUUAAAACAAGAAACAGCUAAAUUACGAUGUAUGGUUUAUGCUACAUCAUAG